AUGGGCAUGUUGGGCGAUCGAGUUCAGCUUUGGAACGAUUCGAGCCAGAGCUGCUCUGGAGCAAUUGCUCGGGUGCCUGUGUGGUCGGUAGCCGACGAAAGGGUGACUGCAGUGGCCAUGUUGGAGAACAUGACCCUCGCUGUCGCCACUUAUUUGCCCUCUCAGAUAUCGUAUGUUCCCUCUGGGCUCGUUUAUAUGUUCUCAGCGACGCAGCUUGGCAUGGCAAGUGGCCACGACAUCUAUCUGGAGACUCGCGCGGAGGUUGUCUCAAUACUUCGGUUGCCGACAGGUGCCACUCUUCUUGGAGGAACCCUUUUUUCGCAGCAGGAGGCGUCGAAUGGCACCAUCGAGGUUUUUGGGCCUUCCGAUUUGACAUCAGAAAGCAAGUCGAGCUUUGCUAUUGAGACGAAGCACGGCAUUGCUGAGCUUGUUUUGGCAAGCACGGAAAUUCUGGCAGCAUCGACGGGGGUCAAUGGCGAGAUACUGUUUUACGAGGCAGCCGCAAUCGAACGAAGAGAAGGAUCUGUGAAACCACUCGCCGAAUUGAACCUACAUGCCGCCAUCCAUGCACUGGUCAUAGUGGACGGCCGGGCAGUGGUUGCCGCAGAAAAAGGACUUCAGAUCUACUCACUUGACGAUGUGCUGCAGAAUCGGCGGCAAGAGCCAGUCCAGAUUGUUCGUGCCGACACCGUUUAUGUGUCGCUGGCAGUGCUGCCGAGAGGCUUUGCGGCAGGCUGUCUAGAUGCCAGGAUCGAGGUGUUCCUGAUGAGCGAAGUUGUACAAGGAGGUGUCCAGCCGCGGAAGGAGCUGCACCCAAACGGCUGGCCCCAUCCCAUACUUGUCUUGGAUGACAAUGGGCUCGCGGUUGUCACUUCAUCCAACACGGUAGACAUCUUCGACCAGAAGGUAUUGCAGGAUGACGCUUACUUCGUGCGCCCUUCGAGAGCUCUCCCGCUGGACACACCGGGGAUCAGCAUGGUGAACUUGCCUGGGAGAGGCUUGGUCGUGGCAUCAAUGAAGCACGUCUCCAUCUUCAGUCAUGCAGGCAUGUCGUCGGCGAGGAAGCCAGCCGACGAGCUGUCAGUUCCAAAACCCAUCAGCUUUUUCCACUCAAUCUCGAAUGACACGGUGCUGGUGGGCCAGUGGCAAGGUGCUGUCGCGGUGUUCUCCACCUACUCAGGCACAGAGCCGCGGUAUGCAUCCGGGUCUUGGUUCCCCCUCACGCGUUUGCAACUGGAUGGGUAUCCUUUAGUCCCGGGAGCGACCUCAGCCGAGCUGCUUCCGACACUCGAUUUGCUGGCCGUUGGUGCGUGGCCGAGCGAUGUGUACUUCUUCAACAUCUCGAGCGUGCAUCGAUCGCCACCGCCGUAUUUGCAGCCUUCUUCCGUUUUGAAAUCCCAAGGUGGAGUUUCUGCCCUGGCUUCAUCGAAAGAGUUUCUGUGGGCUGGGGCAAGCGACGACCUGUUGGUGAUAGACCUCCAAUUCUAUGGAGACAUGGUGUUUAGAAGAAUCCGGAUGCCAGGUGAGAUAUGCUCGCUGGCCGUUCUUUCGGAUUCGGUGGUGGCUUCUGGUCUUUCCUCGUCAUUGGUGAUCCCAGUGCGGACCCGCCGAAAGCGCGGAAGUUCCAUACUACUGUGGAACUUUCUCGAGUUCAUGGACACUGCGGGAUCGGUUCAUGCCCUUCUUGCAGCGGACGGCAUGCUGCUCGCAGCAACUGAAGCCAGCAGGCUGCAUGUGUUCGCCAUGGACGACAUGAAAUUCCGCGAGCUGGCUGUGCUGAGUGUGAGGGCCAUGAAGCCUGCCGUGCCUUCGAACAGUCUGGCUAUCAUCGAUGAUCGAACAGUUCUCGUUGGCUUAGACCUUUACCGAGCAGACGACGCAGGGGCGCUGUGCAGUCCUGGAUUAUUUUCCAAACGCGGCCAGUACGUUUGCUAUCCGUGCCCCGAUGGCUGGACUUCAGACGAGGGGUCAGCAAGCUGCACCUAUGCCCAGCUCCCAAUCCUCCUGAAGACAUGGAUUCCCGUCGCAUUGACUCUCAUCCUAAUCGGUGCGGUGCUAUCCCCACUUGCUGGACAGCUCUAUCUCUGCACGUCUCGGCACAUCAACUUGGGAGAAGCUUUAGCCAAAGCGAGAUCCAGGGCAGCCACGCUGCAAUCGAUGUUGACCUGGACAUCUGCACGUGCUUCUCAGCGAGAGCCGCGCCAGAUGGCUCUCCGUGAUGUUCGGGUGCGUCGAUGGUUGCGCGCUUCUGCCGCCUGCACACAGCUGCCCAUUGCGGUUUGGAUCGCCAUGGUCGUCCAACAACGCUGGGUAUUGGCGGUGUCCAUCUUGCUGGCAGUUGUGUUCACAUUCCAGCAUCAACCGGUCUUGCAUACAGACGCAUCCUGUCAGCUGACAGCUCAGCAUUGGGCUUGCCUCAGCCUCCGCUGCUUGGCCACGGCGAACAUCCUAGCCGGCUGCUCCUGCUUAUUCUUUCAAUCGGCAGUUCUGCUCGUUCAUGCGCUCCCGUUGGCGAGCGUGGCUGUGAUGAGUGGCAACUGCGCCCUCGCCAACGAAAUACACAUGUUCCUCCAGACGAGCUACGUCUCAAUUGAUGCGAUGUCAGCAGCCACUGCUAACACUGCCGGUGUGCGCGUGCUCAACAUGGGUGCGACUUGCAUUCAUGCGGCAGCUGCUGGCGUGGCCACGUUGACUCUGGCGCAGCAUGAGGGGCAUCAGGUCAUGACCAUAUUCGGGCUCUCCGAUGCGUCUGCCGGAUCUCUGCCCUUGUAUCUCUUGGUUUUCGCUUGUUCUGUAUCCUUUGCCGGGGUGGCUCUCGCUGCGCGUGCCUGCGACCAGACGGAAGCGAUCGUUUCGCAUGCGACUGCCUGGGCAAGCGAUGAGCGUGUCCCUCCGUCUCGGAUCCCUGCCAGCUGCUGCUGUCGGCAGCUGCUCCUUCGACUGUCUGCAUCAGUGAAGACCUGGAUGCACAAACACUGGUUGCUGUGCUGCAGUUCGCUUUACGACACUUACACUUUCUAUGGCCGGUUGCGAGAAUCAAAGUCGACUUCGCAGCGUCCGUACUUUGCCCUCAUCCUGUUUAUCGGAGCCGGCACCGCGAUGAUUAAUUGCCUUGCGCUCCUCCUGGACCGUUGUCGAAUGAAGCUUCCCGAGCUGGGCGACCGAAACCUACGCCUGAGCACACUUUCCAAGUGUCUGCUGGUCUUCAUGAAGCUGCGUGUUCUUCAACUGCCCGUGGUCGUCACGACUCAGAUGGACACCUCCUGGCUUGAGGGGUCUCUUUCGGAGCUACCCUUAUCUGUGAUACCUGUUUGGAUUUGCGCCGAACCUGCUUCGUGCCCAUCCUGGUGCACAUCUCGUCUCGACGGCAGCUGUACCUAUGACUUACCUCCCAGCUACGACGGCUGCUUCUGCAGUCAUCGGGUCGCCGGGAUCCCCGACUGGACUGGAAGACUGAAGGUGCUUGGCAAUUGUGCGAUUUCAAUUAUCGUCAUGACCUUGCUCUCAGCGUCUAAGCUGCGCGCGAGGGGCAUAUUCGACUUGCCCAUGAUCUCGUCCAGGGCAGUGGCCUGUGCAACUAUCCUUCCGCAGUUUUUUUUUGCAGUGAAUGCUAUGUAUCUUUCCUUCCCCGACUUGGCCAAGCAGCACCUGGACUCAGCCGAGGAUUUCACAAUCUUGAGCAUCCCGGUGCUGAUCUACGCAUUCAUGGGGAACGAGAUGGCCAGGCAUGUGGAGACCGCCAACAAGUGGCGGUGCCUGGCUGCAGGCAGCGAGCUCCAACUGAGCGGUCGCAAGGUUAUCGCAGCGUGGCCAAACUUGGAGCAUAUUGUUGGCACAAGCUUGCUAAGCGCCGAAGAUUCGUCUGGCCCGGUACAGAUCUUGAGCAACCUGCGGCUUGAGAAGCCCACGUAUGUCUGGUGUCAGCCCGCUCCGCUUCAUGGAUCGGUCUUUUCUCCUUCUGGCUAUCGCGCCUUGGUGCCUUGGGCGAACUUUGCGACAGUGAUGGCGAUCUGGCGAGCGCGACAUAGCCUGGGACAUACCAUCAUCAUUGUCAACACCGCAUUGCUUUUGGUCUUGCUGUCUAGCAGUAUUUGGCUUUGCUUGACCUUGAAGCAAGGUGUACCCUCCACACCAACUGAAGCAUCAGAAACUCGCAGACUGGACUCGGAGAUGGAUGCCACCAGAACGGCAGUGGAGCUUCAGGAGACUGCAAGUUGGCAGGGCAACAUCUGGAACAGAGAGCAUGGUGAGGUAGAUCGGCAGGAACUGCAAGCAGGUUGA